AUGAAUUCUCAAAAUAAAACAGAAGUAGAUAAAUGGGCAGAUCAAGUAAUUGGAGCGCCUUUAAUAAAUAAUCCAGUAACGGUACCUAAUCAGCAGAAUAUGUACAUCGCUCGUUACAUUAGGGAAGGAUUUGUAUAUUUUGGAAAAGCUUGGGAUGAAUGUGGAGGAGUACAAUGUGAAUUUGCAUAUGGAGGGAAAAAAUUGAAAGGAUCUAACAUUAAUGGUAAAAUUCAGAUCUUAACUUAUGAUGGAAAUCACAUUACCACAGGUUUUUUCUAUGAAUGGAUACAACUUGCUAAAUGGUUAAAUCACACUAGUGAUGGAUACCACUCCUUGUUAUGUUGUGGUCAUUCGAAUGGUGUAAUAUUUUGGCCCCAAAAAUCUGCUUUAGGAACAUUAAAUACAGAAAAAAAUAUUGCAACAUUCGUAUGCAAUGGGAAGGUUAUUUCAUUAACGGUAUCCGAAAUUCUCGAAUUUUUGGUUCUUGUACGCAACACACGUGAUAGACCAUUACACUGCUUGUGUGGAUAUUGCCAAAAAAAAAAUUCACUUGAAAAAAUAUCGUAUUCGCCGGCUCGAAUGUUAAUGGUUAACGAAUGGGCUGAUUAUCAUAUCAAUGAUACUUUCCCUACAUCCAAGCAUUUGAUUAAAGCAUUGAAUAGACCAUUGAAUACGUUAGAUGGCCCACAGGACCAAUAUGUUGCUUUAUGGUACCAUUUUGGUACUGCAGUAAUGGGUCGAGCUUGGAACAAUUCUGAAGGCAAAAUUGCGGCUGCAUUUGUUAGGUUGUUGCACCUUUUGUUACAUUUAAAGAAGACAAACAUUACUACAAAUUAUAUAUUUCUAUGA